GUGAAAAUUUUCACUAUGUUAUCUCUACAUGAUCUAUAUGUAUUACAAUAAUAGAUAUAGAUUAUUUGUAUAUAUAUAUAGACAAACUAUUCACAAUAUUCACGAUUUUAAUAAUUAUAAGUAAUCUCGAAAAAUCAAAGUAAUAUUAACUCAACAUGGCCUUGCCAGAUAUUAGUGCAACUAGUAAAAGGUUAAUUAGAAAGUGGACUACCAAAGAAGGUUUACUUGGAGAUUAUGAUUAUUCAUAUUUGUUUGUACCUGAUGUACCAUUUUUCGCUAAAGAACCUAAGACUCAACCAUUUUUUGGUUUGAAUUCAGAAAUGCCCAUAGUACUUGGGUUAAUUCUUGGAUUUCAACAUUCUUUAGCUAUGUUAGCAGGUAUUGCUACUCCUCCAAUUAUUAUUGCUGGUGUAGCUAAUUUACCACCAGAUGUUUCUCAAUAUUUAGUUAGUGUAUCACUUAUAACUUCUGGUAUACUUUCAUGUAUACAAAUAACAAGAUUUCAUAUUUAUGGUACGAAAUAUUAUCUUGGUACUGGAUUAUUAUCAGUGGUUGGUACUUCAUUUGCAACUAUUUCUGUAGUCACAAAUGCUUUCCCAUUAAUGUAUAAAACAGGAGCUUGUCCCGUAGAUGCAAAUGGUAAAUUUUUACCUUGUCCAGAUGGUUAUGGUUAUAUAUUAGCUACAUCUUCAGUAUGUGCUUUACUUGAAAUCUUACUUUCAUUUACUCCUCCAAAAACUUUACAAAAGAUUUUUCCACCAAUUGUUACUGGUCCUGUUGUUUUCCUUAUUGGAGCUUCAUUAGUUGGUAGUGGAUUCCAAGAUUGGGUUGGUGGUUCAGGUUGUGUAGGUGAAAUGUGUACUGCUGGUCGUCAUACUUUACCUUGGGGUUCUGCUCAAUGGGUUGGUCUUGGAUUUUUAGUUUAUCUUACUAUUAUUCUUUCUGAAAAAUUCGGAUCUCCAAUCAUGAAAUCAUGUGCUGUUAUUGUUGGUUUAUUAGUUGGAUGUAUAGUUGCUGCUGCAUGUGGUUAUUUUAAUAGAUCUUCAAUUGAUGCAGCUCCAGUAGCUACAUUUAUGUGGGUUCAUACUUUUAAAUUAAAGGUUUAUGGACCAAUUGUACUUCCAUUCUUGGCCGUCUAUAUUACAUUAAUGAUGGAAUCCAUUGGUGAUAUUACAGCCACUUCAGAUGUUUCACGUUUAGAAGUUGAAGGAGAAUUAUAUGAAUCAAGAAUUCAAGGUGGAGUUCUUGCUGAUGGAUUUAAUGGAUUAUUAGCUGGUCUUUUAACCAUCACUCCAAUGUCAACAUUUGCUCAAAAUAAUGGGGUAAUUUCAAUUACUAAAUGUGCUAAUAGAAAAGUUGGUUAUUGGUGUGCAUUCUUCCUUAUUGUUAUGGGAGUAUUUUCAAAAUUCGCAGCUGCUCUUACAUCUAUUCCAAGUGCAGUUCUUGGUGGUAUGACUUCAUUUUUAUUCUGUGCUGUUGCAGUAUCAGGUAUAAAAAUUAUUUCAACUACCGAAUUUACUAGAAGAGAUCGUUUCUUAUUAACAGCAUCACUUUUACCAGGAUUAGGAGCUACUUUACAGGCUGAUUGGUUUAGUACAGUAUUUACUUAUACUGGACCAAAUAAAUCACUUGCAGGAUUUUUCAAUGCUAUAAUUUUAGUUAUGGAAACUGGAUUUGCUGUUACUGGUAUAAUUGGAGUUAUAUUAAAUUUACUUUUACCACAAGUUGAAGAUGAAAUUGAAGAAAUUAAUGAAAUUGUAUUGGAAACAGUAGGUUCAGCCGAUCAAAGAGGUAUGGAAGAAUUUGCCAGAAAGGAAGGUAUUGCCAUAGAUGCUGUCAGAUCUCAUGUCUCAAUGGCACUCCAUAGAUCUUCUGAUGAUGAUCAAAAAUUAAUGUAACAUUUGACAUACUUCAUACUUCAAUUCUUUAUAGUACAUCUCUGUGUUGUGUUUGGUUAUUAUUUUUAUAUACUUGUAUAUUCAAUAUACUAUACUUUGUUAUUUAUUAAUUAUUUAAAUUUUGCAUCCAUCGACUUUUUUUUCCGUUUUGGUGUAUUCGAUCCGAGGUCCAUUUUGGUCACUUGCGCUUGCGUAAUGGAAAUACGAUUUU